AUGCUUACACACGCGGUGACGCGCGCUUUGCGCAAGAACAAGACCCUUCGCUACGGGGUCCCCAUGUUGUUAUUGGUUGUUGGAGGUUCUUUUGGUCUUCGUGAGUUUUCACAAAUCCGUUAUGAUGCUGUGAAGAUUAAAAUUGAUCCUGAAUUAGAAAAAAAACUGAAAAUGAAUCAAGUGUCAUUGGAAUCAGAGUAUGAGAAAAUAAAGGAGUCUGCUUUUGAUGACUGGAAGAAUAUUCGAGGACCCAGGCCUUGGGAAGAUCCUGACCUCCUCCAAGGACGAAAUCCAGAAACCCUGAAGACUAAGACAGCUUGA